UUUGCUUGGUGGAGGUAAAGAAUUUCAAAUUCAAAGCGUUCGUAAAACGUUGAUGAUUUCACCCCUCAAUCCCGUUGGAACUUUUUCACUGAAAAAGAUGAACAACCUGGAGCUUAUUUUCGGUCUUUUAGAAUCAAAUAAUAAUGAUUUUUACAUCACAUGUAAUGGAAAAAUUGUCAGAAACCCUGAGGAGGUCCAAGAGGGCAGCAUCUACCACAUUGUACCAAGGCUGGUGGGUGGUAAGGGAGGUUUUGGUUCUAUGCUGAGAGCCAUUGGAGCACAAAUAGACAAAACUAACAACAGAGAAGCUUGUCGAGAUCUAAGUGGUAGAAGAAUGAGAGAUGUCAACAAUGAAAAACAGCUAAAGGAAUGGGUCGCUAAAAAGGCAGAGCAAGAAAGAGAACGAGAGGAGAAGAGGCGGGAAAGAAUGGAGAGAAGAAGAGCCGUGCCCAGUCACAAGUUUGAGGACCUGCUGUAUGAUCAACAGAAGGCAGCUGUGGCAGAAAACCAAGAGGAUGCUCUACAGACUGGAUUGCAGCGAGUACUAAGUAAACAGAAAGCAUCAUGUACGAUUACAUCAGAGAUGGAGGAGGCUGGGCCAUCAGGAAGUGGACUCAAACGGAAAAGUGAUGACAAGGGGGGGCCCUGUCACAAAGUCAAGAAACACAAUGAAUGGAUAGGGAUUGACCUUGACAAUCUAAGUGACCUUGAUAGUGAUGAAGAAAGUGAGCCUAAAAGUGAUCAGUCUUCAGCAGAUCAGAAUGAGGCUAGUAAUGGAGAUCAAAGUGAGGCUGGUGAUGAAGAUCAAAGUGAGGCUAAUAAUGGAGAUCAGAGUGAAGCUGGUAGUGGCUCAACAGAAUCUGAACACACUGUGAGAUUGACAACUAAAAAUACACCAGACAGUGACUCUAAGGAGCAAGAAGCAUCAGAAUGUGAAGCAAAUUUGAAAGAAAUAAGGGAAAACAUUUCUGAUGUGGAGAACAAAACAUCCUUUGAGAAAUCUCAACAGGAGUGUCAAAAGAAUUCUCAGGACUCCAGCACAUCAGAGCCAGCCCCAGAACAGUCAGAGGAAACAGAGGAUGAGAAGCCAUUUGACUUUGAUGACUACUGCAGUGUGGGAGACCUGGAGGUGUUAGGACUGGAGAGGUUGAAGUCUCUCCUCAUGGAAAGGGGGAUGAAAUGUGGGGGGACCCUACAGCAGCGGGCUGAGAGGCUGUUCUCAGUCAAAGGACUGGACCCUAAGGACAUUAAUCCCUCACUGCUGGCCAAACCAUCAAAGGGCAAGGGGAAAAAAUAAUAACUGACAUUAAUACAAGUUUAUGAUAAUAUUGGUAAAGCAACACCAUAGAGCUGAUUGAUUUUCAAACUUACACAACAGUACAUUCCUAGCUGGUAUAUAAAUAUUUAAUGAAAUAAUUGAAAAAGUUAGCAAAGUUUGUAUAUGUAUUUAAUGAAUGGGAAAUUUGUAUAUUGUUUUUUUAAAGUAAAUUUCAUGUAAAAUUGGUAAAUUUUAAAAUGAUAGUUGUACAUAUGCUGAUACAAUUUUAUGAGGUAAUGAUACAGUUGAACUUUAGUAUUUCAAACAGUAGGCUUCAGUUCAGUUUUUUUAAAGGCCCCAUUCAGUCUGAGAUAUCAAUAUUUGACUUUAUCUUCAUUUUGUGCAAUGAAUUUGUC